AUGCCGUUCGGUAAAAUUGAACCGUUUGAUCUUUUCGGGGGAAAGUGGUCAUUAUAUGUUCGAAGAGUAGAACAAUUUAUAUUUUUAAAUGAAAUCAAAAGUACGCAUAAAGUGGCCACGUUGGUGACGUUGGUAGGUGAACGCACCUAUAAUUUAAUGUGUGACUUAUGUGCACCAAACAAACCUGAAGAGAAAACAUUUGAAGAAUUAGUAACAAUAGUAAAAAACCAUUUAGAACCUCAACGUUCAAUAUACGUGGAGCGGGAAGUGUUUCGACAGCGAAAACAAAAAGCUGGGGAAUACAUACUAGAAUUUUUGCAGCAGUUAAAGCAUUUAGCAACGGAAUGUAAGUUUGGGCAAAACCUAGAAGAAAAUCUAUGUGAACAGUUCCUUACUGGAUUACAAAGCACGGAUAUUAAAGCUAGAUUGCUGGUCGAGACUAAUUUAACAUACAAGAAGGCGGUGGAGCUAGCUCUAGGAUUAGAAGCUGCGGAGAAGCAUGUGGACAGAGUGAGCGGCCGCAAUAGUUUGGGCGGUGCAUAUUCUGGGGACUUCGGCAGCAACAUAGGUGCAGGCGCAGGCAGCGCGGCCGGCCCAGGCGGCGCGGCCGGCUCGAGCGCGGCAGGUGGCAGCGGCGAGGCGGGCGGCGAGGCGCUGCACGCGCUGCGUGGCGGACCAGCAGGCCGGGCCAGGCCGGCGGCCUCUUCGGCGCUUUGCUGGCGCUGCGGAAAGCCUCAUCGGGCAGAUAAGUGUCGUUAUAAGCAGUAUAAUUGUGAUUUGUGUUUACGUAGAGGGCAUUUGAAGGUGAUGUGUAAAGCGGCCAACAAAACGGCCGAAAAACGCCAUAAUUUUAUGAGUGAUGACUCGGAAAGUGAAAUGUACAAUAUACAGGCGGUUGCAAGCGGAGACAAGCCGUUUUUUAUUAAUGUUAAAAUAGGGAAUAAAAUACUAAAGUGUGAGUUAGAUACCGGUAGCAAAAUCUCGGCUAUUAGUGAAAGAUGUUACAAUAGUAUGUUUUCGAAUUAUACGAUUUUGAAAGAUGAAAUUAAAUUAUGCUCAUACUCGGGCUCGCGAAUUGAACCGAUCGGGUUUAUAUUAGUAGAUGCAUGUAUCGAGGACAAUCAUCAACAAAACUUACAAUUGUACAUAAUAAAAAAUGGGAGUCGUCCCUUGUUAGGUAGGAGUUGGAUUCAAAAAUUUAAAAUAAAUGAAUUAUGCAUUAAUAACAUUUUACAAGAAGAUAGUGAUAAUGAGUAUCGCGAUCGGUUCAUAAACGAGUUAAAGACAGAAUAUUCUUCGGUAUUUACGGACAAGUUGGGCGAAUGUAAGAAACAAAUUCGUUUACAGCUCACAGAUAACAAACCGGUUUUCGUUCGCGCCCGGCCGGUACCUUUAGCAUUGCGAAGCGCAGUGGAGAGAGAAAUUAAGCGUUUAGAAAAGGAAGGAUCGAUCUAUCCGGUGGAACAUUCGGACUAUGGCACACCAAUAGUUCCAGUUAUUAAGCCAUCGGGGGAUAUUAGGUUAUGCGGGGACUACAAAUCGACUAUUAACCCAAAAUUAAAAAUGGAUCAUUAUCCGUUGCCGCGCAUCGAAGAAUUAUUUGCAGCCUUGAGCGGUGGUCAGGAAUAUUCUAAAAUUGAUCUGACGACCGCGUACAUGCAAGUACCUCUCCACCCCGAGUCGCAAGCGUGUACUGCGAUUUCAACGCACAUAGGUACCUACGCUUUCAAACGUACACCUUAUGGGUUGAACUGUGUCCCUCAAAAAUUCCAAAAAAUUAUGGAAGAGACUCUUAGAGGUUUACCAAACACGGUUGUCUUUUUAGAUGAUAUUUGCAUAACGGGAAAAGAUCGCGAAACACAUAAAAAUAAUCUGAGAGCUGUAAUCGAAAGAUUGGCGACUAUGGGCCUAACUGUAAAAAUAAAUAAAUGUAAAUUCUUACAAAAAAGUGUGUCAUACCUAGGAUUUAUUAUUGAUAAACAUGGUUUGCAUCCGGACAUGACAAAAGUGGAGGCUAUUGUGAAAGCUCCAACACCGGGAAACGUGACUCAAUUGAAAGCUUUUCUAGGCCUAAUAAAUUACUAUGGCAAGUUUGUUCCUAACUUAAGUUCAUUGCUACAUCCAUUAUAUUCUCUUUUAAAGAAAAAUCAGCCAUGGAACUGGGAUAUAAAUUGCGAAGACGCAUUUAUAAACAUAAAGAAUAUUUUAGCAAGCGACAGAGUGUUAUGUCAUUACGAUCCAGCGCUUCCGUUAGUUUUAUCAGUAGAUAGUAGCUCGUAUGGUAUAGGGGCAGUUCUGGCGCACGUAUUUGCCGACGGAACGGAACGGCCGAUCAGCUGCGCGUCUAGAACGCUCGGGGAUACAGAGAAGAACUACAGUCAACUAGAUAAAGAAGCAUUGGCGAUAAUGUACGGGGUACAAAAACAUCACCAAUACCUCUUUGGUAGAAAAUUUAUUUUAAAAACGGACCAUAAACCUCUGGUGUAUAUUUUUGGGCCAAAAGGGGGCAUUCCACAAACGGCAGCAAGUCGACUACAACGUUGGGCGGCUAAAUUGGCAGCGUAUGAUUUUGACAUCAAUUACGUGAAAUCAAAAUGUAACGGCAAUGCGGACGCGUUAUCUCGUCUACCAUUAGAGGGAAAAAAACACGACAGUCCAGUCAAAUCCGAAAAUCAUUAUUUACUAUAUAUGAAUGAAACGUUACCGGUAAGUUAUAAAGAGAUUGCAGUAGAAAUAAAAAAAGAUAAUUUAUUGAGUCGAAUUUAUGGAUAUAUUAUGUUCGGAUGGCCAGAGAAGUGUAAAGAGGAUGAGCAGGCAUUUUUUGUGAGGCGCGCAGAGCUGUAUAUUGAUCAUGGGUGUAUUUUAUACAAAUACCGAUUAAUAAUUCCUCAAAGUUUACAGGAACGGGUCUUAUUUGAAAUACAUUCAGGACAUUUAGGAAUUGUAAAAAUGAAGUCUAUUGCCAGAAAUUAUGUAUAUUGGCCUUCUAUAGAUAAAGAUAUCGAGUCGGUGGGACAGAAGUGUGAAGCAUGUCGAAAUGUACGGGACGCUCCUCCUAAAACCACUUUACAUCCAUGGGAAUUUCCGGCGGGACCUUGGAAACGACUACAUGCGGACUUUGCUCAAUUCCAUGGUAAAUAUUAUAUCGUCGUAGUCGAUGCUUAUAGUAAGUGGUUAGAAGUGGAACAAAUACGUAGUACCGCGGCGUACGAUACCAUUAAAUUUUUUCGUAGUUUAUUUUCUAGAUUUGGGCUAAUUGACCAACUGGUGACCGACAAUGGCCCGCCGUUCCAAAGUGCAGAGUUUAAGGAGUUCUGCAGUAAAAAUAUAAUCAGGCAUGUUACAUCUUCACCGUAUAGACCGCAAGGAAACGGAGCAGCCGAGAAUGCGGUUAAAACCGUGAAGAAAACUAUUAAAAAGGCGGUGUUAGAAGGGGAAGACAUACACGCUAGCUUAUGUCGAUUUUUAUUACAAUAUAGAAACUGUCCACAUGCAACCACAGGAGUAGAACCGGCAGUAGCUCUGUUAGGGAGGCGCCUGCGGAAUAGACUAGACGCGAUGCGCCCGAGUACAUCGAAGAUAGUUGCGGAUGCACAAAGCAAGCAAAUAGAAAGCUCGGGCGGAGUCGUACGAAAAUUCGAUAUCGGAGAUAAAAUAUUAACACGAAAUUACUCCACAAAGGACAAUAAAUGGAUCGAAGGGGAUAUAAUAGAAAAAACGGGGCCAGUAUCGUACAAAAUAUUGCUAAACAAAGGAAAUAUUUGUCGCAGACACACAGAUCAAAUAUUACCACUGAGGAAUAGUCGUUUCUCAUGGAACGUCGGACCCGGAUCAGAACCAGAAAGUACGGAGAUAAGUAUUACGGAUCAAUAUGUAAACACAAGACCGCGGAGACGAAACCAAAAUGCCAAGGAGUCGUAUUCACCCGGGAAGGAUGUAGAGGAGUCCACAACUCAGUUGGAGUCGCAGGAGUGCGGGGAGCAAACGUCGACCUCGACGCCGCCGCCGCGACCUGGGUGGGUACUAUCCCCGACGUCCGAGCUAGACGACGACGGGGGACGGUCGCCAUGUCUAGAAUCCCCAGUUGAAAUUAUGGAAAGACCUAAGAGAGCGUGCCGGCUACGUAAAAAAGAGUGAGAAGUAAGAAAUACCUACUCUCAACUAAG